AUGCCCACGGCUAAGAAAUCUACAAGCCAAGCGAUGGAUAAAAUCGCGAACAUCUUUAGAAACAAACGUCCGAAGGAAUCCAAUUCAUCAGCAGUUCGUACGACGUCUAUUCCUUCUGAAAACUCGCCUCAGGUCCAGUCCGAGGAUGUUUCAGCAAGAGCAGAUUCCGAGCGAGAGGUGUCCCUCAAAAAUAUCGAGACUAGGAACCAGAAUUCUCAAGUUGAACAAGCAUCGACUCCUGGUUUACCUGAAGUUGUUUCCCCAACACACGGAGAAGAUUUGAAUGCUCCUAAGCUCGACCCAACUGUUGACGCAAAGAUUCAUGAAGAUGAUAUCUCGCCACCACAGGAGUCGAAGUCAACCGAAGCGAUUGUUUCCUCAAUACAAGAAGAGAACCAGGGGGCUCCAGAAACUAGCCCAUUAGCCGAUGGAAAUAUUCAGAAGAAUCGUAUUUCACCAUCGUUACGGUCAAAGGCAUCGACUGGAAGAUCAAUCGUCAGUCAACAUGUACACCCAUUGUCGACGCCGUCCUGGACCCGAGAAAUGCAUUCUGAACAUCUUUGGAGCUGCGCUUACGAUAGACUGAAGGAAGAAAAGCGCGAGGUCAUCAAACAUUACGAGUCGGUGAUCUUUGCUUGCCACUGGGGCGCGGCGGAGGGGAAACAUGAGCUUGCCCUUGGCCGUCUUUUUGACAUCAUUCAAUCCAGUAUCACUUUUGCCGAUUCCGAGCCUCCUUCGAGAACCACCCUCAUGAGCAGUUUCGUGGAUUCGUUUCUCAUCGAACCUAACAAGAUUGAGCCCCUUGAUACUAGUAUUGCGGAAGACUCAGACACCAAAUCCAUUGAUUCUACUGUUCCAGCAUCAGACAAAGUCGAAUCAAAUGACCUCCAAAACCUCACAAUCAAGUUAAGAGAGAUGAUUGAGAGAUCUCGUCUCGCAUCUAUUCCAUGGGUGGCAUCAUGUCUUGCUUUGGAGGAUUUAGUAUGUUCAGCGCAACCUGAACGAUCUCCCGAUCAGUCCAUUGUCCUCGACAUUAUUUGCAAGAUGGAAUGGUACGUCGGUCUUUCAGAACUCAUCUUCCGCCAUAACCCCAAAGAGACGCAAUCUUCAGAUGUGCCAGAUAAGAAUCCCCAAGAAUUGGCCCUCAUCAGUCUCUACAAAUCCAUUCUUUCUCUCCUAAUUCACGUCGCACUAUGUGGAUUGGAAGUUUUCGGCGAACACGCCUCUGUAUGUGGCGACAUUGACGAGUCUGCACUUGAUGACUAUGGGCAAGAGAUAUGGGAAAAGGAAGAAGAGCUUAUGAAUUGCAACACGCAUAAUUUCAAAGAGGAUGUCAUAUCAUGGCUAGAUAUCUCCGCCACUAGGAACGUGGAGGCAUCGUCUUCUACUGACAGCACACAGCUUGAGGAUUUAUUCAAAUCAUGGAAUGUGGCCAAGCAGUCAUAUUGUGAUUCUGAUCCAUCCGAGGGCUGUACCUUCAUUGAUUUGUGCCACUGGUUGCAGACGACCCCUGAGUUCAAGGAGUUCGUCUCCUGGGGCACUGAUCCUCGUGGUCGCAUCCUCUGGCUGGAUGAAGACCUUAGAAUUGGAAAGACAGAGCUUACACAAGUGGUUUGCAAGACGCUGUCGGAGUCUCAUCGAGGCGAUACUACUGGUUUGGAGACCGUUAAGAACUUGGCUUGGUUCUUCUGUGACAGCAGCAAGUCCCAAAGGGUCAAUGCUGUAUCCAUGAUGAAGAGUCUAAUAUUCCAUGUUGUGGAACAACAGCCUUUUCUCAGCAAGCCUGAUAUUGGGAAAAAGCGUUUUGACGGCCCAAACGACUUCUACGCCCUGUCAAUGGUUUUCUAUUCUCUAUUGCGUGAUGAGAAAUUCCAACCCACUUACUUUGUUAUCAAUGCUAGCGGUGGCUUUGUAGCCAGUGACCGUACAGACCUUGUCACUUUACCUACCUUUGAGCAUCAUGAGACUGUCACGCAAUGGCCGAAUGAAUGGGGGCUUAACGACAUAUUGAGCAUGAUGACUAUAACGGCCAAGGACUCGGAUAAGAUCAGAUGGUUGGUGUCCUUCAACAGCAGCCAACAUAUUGGAUCUGGCUUUGCUUCGGACUGUUCUUACUUUCGUAUUCCCAUUACUGAGGAUAUGGAAGUCGUUCGUGAGAUUCUUGCAAUCCACUCAGCUUCAAGUGUGUCAAGUAUAGCCAAGACGGAACAAGACUAUGAUUUCAUCCGCAAGGAGAUGUAUGAGGGGAUGUCGAGAUCUUCGAAUUUCAACCUUUUGUGGAUCAAUACAGCUUUGAAUAUAACGAGGGCAGACCCAGCGUAUUGGAAUGCACCAGAGAUUUUCCAAGGGCUGAUGGACACCGCGCCGAACAUAGAUGCUUUGUACGAGAAAGCACAGGGAGACCUCGACAAGCUCAGGACAUGUGACAGCUACUUCUGUCUGCGUGUACUUGACACCGUGGCUGUUGCAUCCAGGCCACUCUUGUCCUCGGAGCUCCAGGGAAUAGUCGACCUGCCGGAAAAGAUUGUCAUGGUUCUUAUUCAACGAUUUCUCCCCUUGUUUCUCAGAGUAUGCAAGGACGAGGUUUCUGGUGGAGGGAGCGUGCAUUUCGUCCAUCCGUCUGCCAAAGACUUCGUCCGUCGUGGCUUGGAGUCGUCGUCCAUCUCCAACCAGCACGCAUUUGUGGCUGACCGCUGCCUGUCAAUCCUCAUUGAUAGCUUUAACAAAGAGCAGAUCGGAUCUGACACUGAGGAAUCCCCACAGCAAGAUCGUGUGCCUAAUGAGUAUGCGACACUCUUUUGGAUUCUGCACUUCUUUCAGAUGAACGAAGGCAAGAGGGUGGGCACAAUAAUGUUGGCUGAUCAUUUGGUACAAGAAUACCGGACACAGUGGUUGGAAACGAUUGCCUCAUAUGGAAAGCUCCAGGAGGUUCUUGUCGUGAUAGAGAGUGUGAAUUUUACGCUGCAAACUGGCACAAAGGCCGAUACUGAACAAAUGAAUCAUAUUUACCAAGCCAUACAAGAUAUAGGCGAUUUCAUCAGGGCUCACCUAAUGUGGACACGCACUUCACCGGGUCCGGGCUAUAGUGAGGCCACUAUAAAGAACAGCCUCAUCUUUUGGCCUAGCAUGAGCCCUCCUUGGCUUGCCCUAGGACCAACUCCGCAUAAAAGAAGUCAUACCCCGAAGAGCUGCCUUCAUGUCCUGGAACACCCUGAUUGGGUGCGGAGUUGUGCCUUCUCACCAUGUGGACGUCUGGUAGCAACAGGCUCGGACGACCACUCCAUACGUCUAUGGGAUACAGCAUCUGGUACUCUGCAACAUGUGUUGGGAGAUGUUGACACUUUUACCUAUGACGUGGUACUCUCACAGCCGGGCCCUAAAGGUCAAUUACUCCUAGCUGCUUGCGGAUACAGUACCAUAAAGGUCUGGGACCUUUUUACAGGACGGCUAUUAAAGGAACUCACAGAAAUCAGCGAAGUGGAAGAGUUAGACAGAGAGAAGACAGCAGAGCCUGAUGGAUUCACGGGUGAGGGCGAUGUUGCCUCUAACGAUCACGAUGGAGGCAGUAGGGUGGAUCAAGACGGAAAGCCAGACGACGACUCUUCUAUCGAUGCUCAAUCAAAUUUCAUGGUGGAGAGUAUCGAUAUUUCGCCAAAAGGUGAUUACUUAGUCGCCAUCGCCAAUUAUCGACUGGUUUUAUGGGAAAUCCCAAGCUUUAAGCCGAUUAUUCUAUACGAAACUGAGGAUGGCAAAGAUCUUAAAAAGGUCAAGUUUUCAUCAAAUGGGCAGCUCCUAGCUGCGAGUCUAGGCGCCUAUAUCUUCACUUUGGAUGUGUCAGCUCACCAGACGGAACCCCAAUGGUUUCCAGAACGCGGAUCAAGCCCGCCCACGACAAUGCCUGAGGAAGUGGAAGCUGAUACAGAGCAAGAUGAUGCCGUGGAACCGAACGAGGCAGGUUCUGAAAGUGCUAGCUCUGAAUCCAAGGUGCCAGAAGAACAACCGGGACAUUCUGCAGACAUCUAUGGACUUUGCUUCUCCCCCGAGGAGAUGGGCAAAAAGUUUCUUGCUUCAGGUUCAGAUGACGGAACCGUUCGUAUCUGGGAUCUCGAGAAAGGCGAGACACAGGUAGUGUUGAAGCAUUCUGGAGGUGACAUCGACAGUGUCUCAUUCUCGGCUGAUGGUUCCUAUUUAGCCACCGCAUCGACAGAUUUCAAGAUCAGGAUCUGGAAGCAGAUGUCGCGUGGGGAUUGGGGAACUGGUGUGCGAACCCAACCAGGCCAGGUCUUUGCUGGCCAUUCUUACAAGAUAUGCUCAGUUGACUUCGCACCUCAGGGGUAUCGCCUGACGUCAGGCGCCUGUGAUUCGGAAGCCCGCAUUUGGGAGAUAGACACUUUGCAAAACGCCGCACAACCGGGAGAAUUAGGGACGGACAAUGACUCGGGCCAUCAUGUCCUACUGUCAAAACAAGAUGCCGAACCUGGGCAUUCGCACCCUGUGGUCUGUGUAUCGAUGUCCUCGGACGGCGUAACCAUUGCUUCGGGAUGUCGUGGCGGGUAUAUUUGUUUAUGGGACGGGAUCACAGGUGCCCAUCGCCUGACGAUGGCAGACCAUCAUGACGCCAAGGUCACUUCACUGGUGUUCUCAAAUGACGGAAAGACGCUAGUUUCAACUUCGAUGGAUGAGUCUGCAUUUGUAUGGGACGUCUAUGGCGCAUCUUCAAAGGCUACACACCACCUUGAAGGCCACAACGACUGGUUGCGGGGCGCGGCUAUCUCAACAGAUGGAAAGUUGGUGGCAACAGGAAGUGAUGAUAGGACUGUUCGGGUCUGGGAUAUUUCGGACUCUCCAGAGCCACCGGUUGAUUCUGACGACAAAACGACAGGCCAAGUACCAGCCAGAGUCUUUGAAGGGCAUGAGGAUUACGUUUACGGUGUGGCCUUUUCGCCAAACGCUCGGCAUCUUGCUUCUGUUGGUGACGAUGGGAUGGUCCUGUUGUGGGAUCUGGCUGGUGAGGGGAAUCAGGAACUGAAAGACAAGAAACCAGCCAGCUAUGGUGACUGGUGGCGAGGAGUGGUCUUUACCCCUGAUAGCAAUCGCGUGUUAACAGUGAGUAGCCGUGGAGUGGUUGCUAUUUGGAACCUUGGGUUUGAGUCGGCCGCAGAAACGCAACGUUUGGCCGUUUGCGAUAGAGCGAAUCUCUUUACUUCGAUGCACAUCAACCAGGACCAGCCUGAUGUAUUGUUAACUAACUCCGGGGCCUGGGUGUUCAAGAUCAGCGAAGCCGAGUUGGAAUCAUCUGAGGCUCAGACACCAUCUUUACAACUGCAGCGACCUGCGAGCUUACCAAUUAGUAUCACUGAAGACGGUAGCUGGAUCACCUGGAACGAUAAGAAAUUGAUCUUACUUCCGAUGGAAUUUCGUCCAGCGGACACAGAUUCUUGUUCUUGGGCGCAGGGUCGCUCUGUUGCCGUUGGAUGCAAGUCAGGGCAGGUUCUACUUUUCAGACUCUCAGAGAAUGCGAGCCCUGAGUAUCCGAAUCAGGUAACGUAG